UGAGGUGGUGUUUUUCCUGUUCCUACUUUCAGGCAUAGCCAGUUUAACUUCCAGCCCAUGUAGUACUUGCUGAGGAUUUUAAGGAGGCCAGAUGCAAAGGGUGAAAUCCAAACCUGAUGAGAUUGAACGCACGUUGCCUGAACAAGUUUUCUUAGAAUGUGGAAAACACCUCCCACCAGUCAUGGGUGAGGAAACUGAGACCCAGUGAGGUUAAACCCAGUGGCUGCAGCCAGUUCCCCCGACUCAGUCCAGUGUUCUUUCCGCUAGCCAAAACUGGUUUGAGGAGCAUCGUCCCUGCCCCACCUCCCACCUUUAUCUCCAGCUCCACCCGCUGGGCAACUGGUUUAAGGGUUAAGUGAGCCUUCUUGUUCACAGCAAGAUCGCCCCAGAGCAAACUGAAGAGCAGCAGUCUUCCUGUCAGUUUCAAAACAAAAAACUAAUGAACGUUGCCAGGGUUAGACAGAAGCACAUCGCUAGCUGUUCCCAAAGAGUGUGAGUCCGGUGUGCUUCAGGGAUUGUGUCGAUCUGCUUAUCCUGUAUCUACCCCAGUGCAUGAUACAUAGGGCCUGCUGACUUAAGGAACACUGGGGGAAGCUUACUCACUAAUUCCAGCCUCAAAGGAAAGGAUGGAUCCUGCUACAGAGAGGUUUCCAGGGGCCCGGCUGUGACUGACACUAGGGCAGUAUGUUCAGUGUGGAGGACCUCCUGAUUUCUCAUGGAUAUAAAUCGUCAAGAAAACCCCCAGCACCGUAUGAAGGUAGAUGCGAUGGGUACCGACAUGAAAUCACAGAGGAUAGAACGGGUCAUGGAACUGUAAAUGGACAUGAAGCAGACACCAGAGCUUUUGUGGACAUUAAGAAAUCGUUAGGAAGGGAAUACUUGAGUGACGGUGAAAGUCGUCGGCGGAACCCAGAGAAGCACAAGAAUCUCCAAGGUUCACCCGCGGUUUGGGCUUCUGAAGAGGGGUUUUGUGACCAAGCUCCACUAGGAUGGUCUUCCCGGCCCAAGACAGACAAAGAUCUUGCCCACUGGAGAAGAAAAGGACAAGAUUUCACGGUUUUGCUGGGUUACACUGACAAGGGAGACCUGGAAACAGCAGGAAUGUCACAGCCCCGAGGUGGCAACAGAAAUGUGAGAGAGGGUCAGUGGCAGGUAGGAACAAGAAGGCCAGAGAUGGGGAUGCAGAAAAGUGUUUUGGAAGAAAGCUGGAAAAUGCCAGAGGAUGCUAAAUGGCAGAAUCUUAGUGUGGAAAGCUGGAGCCAGCCUGGAAAACUAGGGAGGCAGAUGUCUGACGGUGACGGGCAAAGGCUGCUUGGAGAGUUGUACUUAGUCACCCAGGGAGAAAAUGCACUUAGUUCUCAGAACAAAGGCAAGUCACAGUCACUGCCCAGAGUCCUUUCUCCUGAGGUGCUGCGCUUUGGGGAGGUGCCAGCUUAUCCCCAAAGUAAUAGUUCACAUUUGGAAUUCAGCAAACCCCCCGAGAGGGGUAUCCCUCUGAUACCACUGACGAAGCCCAAAUACGGCAGACCCAUCAAACCUCCGUCCUAUGAACUGCACCGACAGAACAGGGUGGCUGUAGAGGCCUCUGGGCAUCAGGACCACCAUCAGAAAGACCCACCCGUUACUCAUCUGACCAAAGUUAGUGAGUCGCGGCAAGACCUUCCCCCUCAGGACUCUGGUUUGGAACCUCCAGUGUACAUCCCUCCUCCAUCUUACAAGUCCCCGCCCCAGCCAAACUCCCACCCCCGGUUCUCAAACGAAGUGCCUCAUCACUCCCUUGGGAGUCGUGUUCCACAGCAACAUUCCGGGGAGAGGACCAACCCCAGCCGGCAACAGCCUUCUUCUGGGAGCUGCGGGGCUGGAGACGGAUUCUCCGCAGACCCCCACCCACUCCGGGGAAACCCCAGUCACCUCCAGCAUGUGAACGCCCCCGACGGCUCUGUCCAGUACAUUCCCUUCGAUGAUCCCCGGAUCCGGCAUAUUCAGCUAGCAUAUUCCCAGAGGCUUCCCGAAGACACCAGGCCGUUUGGAAACUCAGGGAGGGCAGUGGCCACUGCCUUCCUGGAGCCACCCCUCCAGGAGGCCCAGCCCGAUGGUGCCCCUCCAUCACCCAUGCCAGGGAGUGAGAGGGGUCUCAGAAAUUCAGCCCCCAGCCAUAGGCGGCUGAUGCCAGCAACACCACCCAGGGGUUCAGAGAGCCGUGCCUUGCCGGACCAAAGAGACAGCUGUGGCUUGAGGGAGCAGCGGCCCUGGCGGGGACCCAAUCAGGAGAGCGUCAGAGGUCAAGUUCCUUCCCAGGGGGAUGGUACCUGUGAAACCGUAGCUAAGCUCAAGAAGUUUGAACUUGGAACUAGGACUCAAAACAAAAAAAGUGCAAAGAAAAAAACCAACGAGACGAUAUUUUGUUUGGUUUCUAUCCCAGUUCCAUCAGAGCCCCAUCUGCCAGAUACAGAUAGGAACAACAAUGACUUAAAACAGAGUGUUGACCUAGAGAACGGAUUUGAUAAGAGCGGAGUUCUGCAAGAACAACGUCUCUUAAGCCUGUCUUCUACUGACCUGGAGUUGCAAGCGCUUACAGGAAGCAUAGCUAGCAUGACCAGAUUCCAAAAGCAGGAACUGGGGAGACCGGCAGAGUACAAACAAACAGAUGACCUCAGCGACAGUCGGGCUACAAAACACAGAGAACUUAGAUAUUCCGGCUCCUGGCCUGGGGACCAAUACAGAGAUCAGCAAACCCAAACCAACUUCCCAGAAGAACCCCCAAACACUCAGCCUCCUCCCGAUGCCAAACCCGGGGGGACAAGUAAUGGCCUUCCCACUUCCACAGCUUUGGCCCCCUCUACUUUUGAUAAACAGCGGCAGUGGGGGUUACCCCUCAGUGACCGGAAAUGGCGGCCUCAGGGAUCUAACCCAAAAGGUCAAGGGUAUCUCACUCCAUCCAGCAACAGCGCUUUCUUAAGCACUUCCCCACCCGCCGCUCCAGGGCCUGCACCAAAAGCUUACCAGACCCAGCCGAAUGGAUCCUGCGGAGACACCCGGGAUAGAACCACCGGCCCAGGGCCCAAGCGUGAAGUGGUCAAGGGAGAAGAGCAUCCCGCGUGCAGUAGUAAAGAACUGUUCGGGCAGUUUCUCUUGAAGCCCGUGAGCCGUCGUCCCUGGGACGCUAUAAGCCAAUUGGAAAGUUUUAACAAGGAACUUCAAAGUCAGGAAGAAAGCACCGGUGGCAGCAGCGGUAGCAGUAGCGGCAGCAGCAGCAGGAGGAACAGCAGCAGCAGUAAUGGUGAGAGCGUGGAAAGAGAGAGAAAGGAGCCAAAGGAUGGGACCUACACCAGACGGGGCACUGUUCUGCCCGAUGGCCCCAGGCAGGAAGCGAGAGCUGGGCAGCCGCCCAGAAUGGUGGGAGCAGGGGGCCCUGUAUUUAAACCGGGAAGAGUUAAAAGCAAGUCCGAGAGCUGGAGUGUGGAGUUGAAGCCCGAUCACCCGGACACCCAUCCUCCGAACACCCAUCCUCCAUCCCAAAACCCCUUGCAGGCAAAGGAUAGCCGGAGUGUAUCAGGAAGGCCCGAAGAUGGGAGUGGGGUAACAGAGCGGAGAACCCAGGAGAUUGAGAAGAACCCUAACAGGCAUCCUGGCAGCCCAGGCCAAGAGAAAAGGGUGAUUUCAACACGUUUGUGUCCGGCAUUUGCGACACCCCCUCUCUAUCGGUCCCCCUCUCUAACGGGAAGGAAGGUUCAGGAAACUAGAUGUGUGGAUGUGUUAAAGUUUGUUAGACCGAGCAAAGUGACCACCCCCCUGAGAAGCGACACGGCGGAAGAAAGAGGUUCUGUGGUGCGACUGUUUGUGGCCAACAAAAAUCAGGGUACCUCUGAGCCGGAUUUGAGGACUGUGGGCCUUAGUUCUGGCCUAAACCACACUGCCAGUCAGCUGGAUGACUUUUUGGAAAACCUAAGUGCAAUAGAAAUCCCUCAGCAUGAGUCCCUUCAGGUGCGAGCGGCGAGAAUUCUGGGCAUCGAGGUAGCCGUGGAGUCUCUCAUUCCCGGACACCGGAGGACCGGACCCAGUCAGCCCCCCGGCCGCGGAGGGAGCGCCUCUGACGUGGAGAGGCCGGUGGUGAGUGUGUCCAGUCACGCAGCGCGGGCAGAUGCUGUGAGACCGCCCCGAGAUGCUCACGACAGCCGGAGGAAGUGUGGCUGGACUGAGAGCCCUCUCUUUGUCGGGGAGAGAGACACCUGUUCUGGGAGAGUCAACCACGCCUCUGGACAUCCGGACCCGAGCCGGGACACCUCCCCUCAUCCUCAUGUCCCCGAGGCCGAGCCACUUUCCCCUGUCCUGGACCAAAAGGAGCUGAAAGCAAACCAGCUGUGCAGGUCCUCUUUGCUUCAUGUAGUGGAGAGGACCACGUGGCUCCCUGGUGCCGAGAAGAGAUUCAGGAGCGCCUCCAAGGUGAUUGAAACCUUGCAAGGCAAACUGGCCUCCCCGCCCAGCCGGAUGGUCAUGGACCGCCUGGUGCGAAUGAAGGAGGUAGAUUCGGUUUCCCGCAUGAGACGCCUGAGCAGCAAGAGCACCGACUCAGGGGAUGAGGCUGAAGAGGGCAAGCCUCCAAGGGGGCAGGGUGAGCAACGUGGGAGCCACGGCCUCCCAAGUGGCCCCGACUUGGCGCCCAAGCUGGGGCCUGAGGGGGCGGUUUCCACACGUGUCCUAACCCUGGGCAAGAACGGCCCCCUAACAGCAGGGGUCGUGGAGGAGAAGGUCGGCGGAGAUACCUUUGGCCUGGAUACGUAUGAUCCUAGCAGAGUCGAAAGGGUGUAAAAUAGAAUACCCGUGAAAAAUCAAGAGAGAGCCAGCCAGCUAGUGAAGAGAGAUCUCUGGUUUGAGGUUCUCUGAACUGACUGCUCGGUGAUAAUAUCUGGAAAUUGGUACCACUCAACGGUGUUUAUGGUGUACUGAUAAAGCCUUUACCACUGCCAAUAGGAAAUUUGUCUUUCAUACAAAACUGCUUUGCAGAGAGAACUAAAAUCUGCCUUGGAAGCCAUCUGUUGGAAUAGCAUUAAGAUCUAAUGCCUACAUUUGGCAAGGAGCGUUCAUAUAAACUGGGCUUUAAUGGUGUUCAUCUGAGGCGGUAAACUGGCUGGGGCUUAUGCCUUUUAAGCUUGUUGCUCUGUGUAAAAGCUUAAACCUGGGAGAUCAGCAAAAUGAUUUUGAAAAGAAUGUGAAUUCCUAAACUCCCCUUUUGAGUAUCUUUAAAACCCAAACUUUUGUGUUUAUUAUAAAAUAUCUUGAACAAAUGUCAUUGCCUGGAGUGUUUCUGCACUUUUGAGUUUGGGGGAAAUGUGGAAUGAACAGAGGAUUUAGGACUGAUCCUUUUGUAAUCAAUUUGGCCUUCUGCUAGUGAAAAUAACUUUAACUAAACUGCAUGGUUAACUUGCCACAUGUGGACAAUUUAAAAAAAACCUUACACAAUUCUAAAUGAUGAAGACCCAUACUAUGUUGUACUAACAAUAUUGUUGGGCAAUGAACCAUUUUGGUCGGUUGCAAACAAUCUAUUGGCCAUUUUGCACUCAGUAUUAUCUAUUUUUUAUUUUCCGUAUUGAUGUUUAGAAAUUCUUUAUAUGGAAAAAUACUUGCUGGUAUAUUGUAGCCCAUUUUAACAAAGUAACUAUAUUGCUUUUUUUUUUUUUACAAAAAAAUAAUAUUUUUCUAUGAUGUAAGCAAUUGUGGGGUGGCAGAGUUUUUUCAAAAAGUAUUAUAUUUAAAAUAAUCUGGAUCCGUUUGUGUAGAACUCUAAGGAGGUUCAUGUUUUGUUUUACUGCAUUUGCUAUGUCUCAUUGAUAUUCAAUACUGCCUCUAAUAUUUUUGUGGAAAAAGAUGCCUCUCUCUCUCUCUCUAUAUAUAUAUAUUACUGGGUUAACUUUUUAAAAAUAGACAUUUUGUAUUUGUAGCUGUUGGGAUUCUUGAAAGCCACCCUUUCAAGAAUUCAGGUUAAAAUCCUGUAGGUUCCACAGUUUUGCUGUCUUGUCAAGUUCUGACUGGAUGAACGCAGAGCCCUGAGAAUGUGCCUUUUCCCUUCUUGCAGAGAGACGCAUUUUACCUGGUAUGACUUUGAGGUAGCCUCCAUGAAAGAUACUGCUUUGCAGCACUAAAUCUAUGGUAUUUCAAAAGACAGUUAUAAGGCCUGUACAUUCUGUUUAUUGCGCUAACCUGCACACUGUUUAUUUAGGUAUUUUUAUGCUUAAAUGUCCGUUUUUUUCUUUGUAAAUGUUCUUAUUUGCUACCAUUCCAUCCAAGUGGUUCUUGCUUCCCCUUCCCUUUCCUCUGUUUUGUGAAGUCACUAUAUCUCUUUCUUAAAGCAGUUCAACUUUCUGAAUUAUCAAUUGUUGGGUGGUCUAUAAUUUGGCCCCAAACUUGACUUCUAUGCUUUGGCAGCAAUUUUUUUUUUAUCUGUAACAUAUGAUUUUUGUUCCACAAGAACUUCAUGUAUUUAGAGUUGUUUGUUAUAAAAGAAACAGGAUCCACUAUGAUAAUUAAUUCUGCAAACUCUCUUUAGAUACACUAUGUACAAUCUGGGUCCAUAGCCAUUAUUCAUAAACAGCCUUCUUUUAAAGUUUGGCUCUUUAGCUGAAAAGUUAUAACAGCAUUCAAGGUUCACAUCAGCAAUAAUCUGGUCCAAGUCACUGCUGGGAAUGACCCUGGACUUACUUUUCCCAAGGUUUAGUGGGGAAUAGGUCGUCCAGACUUCAGUCAUUAUUGAACCACUCAUAAGAGUGGCAGGUGGAGUCAAACUGCAGAACUGAGCCAACUGCCAGUUGUUUGGGGGUCUCCCUCUCUCCCCUAAAAUUCAGACAGUGACCAAUAGAAUUUCUUGUCUCUGGUAGAUUGUAAGUCCCUUGAAGGCAAGAAUCGUGCUUUACUGGUUCUCCCAAGACCUUAGUACAGUGCUCUUGCACUGAAAGUGCUGAGUAAAUACCACUGAUGGAUUGAUUUUAGGAGCUCUCAACGGUAUUCAGGUAGGAAACAUUGCUUUAGAAUUUGGAGAAGUAUAGAAAAAGGCAAGUUUUUCUUCACAAAAGUCUUAUUUCUGCCCACAAGAGACAGAGGUGGUGUCUGUCACGAGAGCACAUAAGGGAGUGGAAGAAGAAAAAUGAAUUGAGUAUGUUGGAACGGGAUUGUAAGGUGGAGUUUUGAGUCAUGUUAGUUAUAUUGUUUUAGUAGUAACAGUUGCAUUUAUUGAGUAGCUACUUGGUGCCGUGCAAUGUACUGGUCGAUUGGGAAGUAGCGUAUACCGCAGUGACAUGUUCCUGGUCCUUAAGGAGCUUACACUCUCUUAACAGGAGAGAUGCAUACAAUAUUUAUAACUGCAUUAAUAAUAGAAUUGGUUAUCAGUAAUAAUUUAUUUUCCCAUUCAGAAUAGCUCCCACUGGAGUCCAAUUGUUUAUUUGGUGAUUAAAAUACAACUAAUACUUUCCUCCUCCACUGCCACCCACCAUUCAUAGUCACCUUCAUUACUUUCCCAUACUAUUUUCCUGAGAAGUGUAGCUUUUAAUAUGGCAUCGUUGAGGGUCUGUUGGACUUCCGUGACUAAAAUAUAAGCCCAUUUCUGAAGAAUUGAGCCAAAAGAUGGUUUCAAAUGAUAUAUAGCUGAAAUGAAAUUAUUUAAUUCACUCUUCACUCCCCAUCUCAAAUUACUUAGGAAGAGGUGUGGGGUAGCACCAGUUUCUUUUCUCUGUGGAAGUAAAUAUUUGCCUGUUCAAGAGGUACCACCCUCAACACCACUCCCCACCUCUUCCUUCAGCCCAAAUUCUGCAAAGGCUGAAGGUUGACCCUCUGAUCCCUCCUUCCCUGUUUCACCAUUGUCUCUGCUUUUCACCCUCUGAUCUGGGCUUCUCUCUUUUAAUCUAAGGCUCCUGUUCAUAGCAAAACCUCUGGUCAUGUCACCUAUUUUGGAUGGAGUUUGGGUGGUCAGAAGACCCAACGAAGAAGGAGCAUCACUUUUCAUGACUUUGAUUACUUAGAUUCAGAAUGUAGCUAUAUAUACAGUUCUGAAUCCUCUGAGGCCUUACCCUGAGCCCCCUUUUUCAGAUGACAACCCACCCAUCCAGGCAACUUUUUAGCCAAGAGCUUCCAUGGAUGGAUGAGAUGGGGAGGACUCAAUGACCCCCUCUGAGCGCCGACUUUGAGCAGGGGGAGAAAUGUGGGUGGGCUAAAAUGACCCAAAGUCUUCAGCACCCUUGGAAGACUUUAUGCAUUUUGGCUCGAUGCAUUCAGAAUGAUCAAGAAAUUAAAAUUAGAUGUCAGGUUUGGGUGCCUUAGAAUGUGAGCAGUGUGGCCAGAUUAUUUUCAGGUCUAUGUUAGUGUGUGAGGAGUCACUUCUGGCUUUCUAUGCUGGCAAGAGGAAAGAAAGUUUUUAUCUGGGGCCCUUGUUCUGCUGACGCCAGGGCAAAGAAACUUCUAUGCGUGGGAGACAGCUUGGGGGCUGUUGGGGUGGGGAAUUGUUUGUUUGAGUUGUGGAUUCUGUACAGCUGUUUGUGGGUGGCGGGUUGCUCUCCGGCACUGAGCUUGGGAAGCAUUAUUCUGAGUGGCAUUUCAGGAUCUGCAUGUGGGAGGCCCCCAUGGUGGUGGAGGGGGGCUAGCUCAGGACUCAUCAGACCUUGGAGGGAGGCUAGGAGAGGGGCAGAGAUGAGACACGAGAGACACUAAAGUAACAGGGAAAGCAGAAAUACUACCUAUAAGCAUUUGACGUUGUCUCCUUUCAGCACUAACUUCUUCUAGGGGAGGUGGGAUUGUCCUAUCUGGAGGAAAAAGGCCAUCCCUACUGGUUCAUGGUUUUGACUUCACCUAGUUGGAUCAUCGAUGUGGCUGUUGGUGGCACUUGUGUGUGCAGAGGCCAAAUUUACUUCCUCACCUCUCUUAGAGGACAGAUACAACCUGAGCUUGAGUUGAGACUUUCUACCUGAAGCGCAGCCCUGAUUGGGAUAAUCCCGGUCCUGGCAUGGAAGCCCAGCCUGCUGCCACCUUAUCUCUUUCCCUGGAUGGAUUCUUCACUAUUUGGGGUGGGAGUGAAAGGCCAGGCGAGGGGAGAACACAAGUUCAAGUUGAGCCACAUAUGGCAGAAAUUAGAAAUCAGAGUGAAACAUCCCAGCUGGCGGAAAUGGCAGUAAUGUACAGAUUAUAAAAUAAAUGAGGUACUUUCCACCCUGGACAGCAAACAUUCCAGCCAUCUCACCCAAGCCUGUCAAAGAAAAUAACCAGAAACAUCCCCAAAGUAGUUUCUAAGAUGCCAUGAAGAUGAGACUUUUUCCAACUCAGGAUAGUUUGCCUCUGAACAUGUGUGCCUCGGUCCAAGGUAACGCAGAAAAGGGAGAGUCUCCACAGAAAGCUGCAGUGUGUCCUGGACCAUUUCCAGAUGCAGGUCAGACAGGGGGCCAGAGGAAGAAUUCAUAGGAGUAAAGAGAGGAAGGGGGGUGGGGGGCGAGGUGAGAAGGAGAUGGAGGAAGCAAAUACAAUAAUGUUUGUAAACGAUAAUGGGAUGAAUGUCUUCUAGAAACAUUUUGUAUUUCUGCACAAUGUAAAUACAAUGUCAGCUCUCACUUUAAGGGCACUGAGCCCUGUUCAGAAUGCACAUGUUCCAAAUAAAGAUUUUUGCAUGAA